AUGGCUUUGACGACCAGGGAUUUCCAGGACCAGCAUGUGGCUCCCACCAUCGAAGAUGAAUUUCACGCGUUCUUCCAUAUGAGCGGUGACGGAAUUAUAGGUAAUGGCUUGCAGCUCAACGUCCACGGAUUUCGAGAUGGCUCGUCACGGUCUGUGAUGAACCAGUAUCGACGGCACCAAUUGCAACGAGCCGACUCCAUCCUUGCCGAUGCUGACUCUUCUCGUAUUAUCCCCGGAAGUGAGGAUCUGUUGCAGAGUCACACAACCACCGUGGUGAGGACAGCCGGCAUGCAAGCCAGGUUGCAGGCUUCCUCCGCCCAAAGCGACUAUAUUUCCAGCAUCGAUACCCAGAGCCAGUAUCUCCAGCUGCAACGGUGUCAGCUUCUGGAACAGUGGGCAACCUUCUUCGCCAACCAAAAUCACCCGGUUCCCUGUAACCCCCAAAGUAUGGAGAUAGCUCCUGGUAGCGGCCAAUUUUUCUCCCAGGCAGAGCUGAUGCCUCAGCGAACACCAUAUCAUUGGAGAUAUCAGCAUCGAAUGUUAGAGCAGCAAGAUAUAGCCUUUACGUCUCUCGAUGCCGACUAUGUGAUGACCUUGGAUCCUGACAUCAACAUGGAAAAUGCCUUUACGACACCUGGAGCAAGCUUUGGCCCGUCUACUUCACCUGCUUCAUAUGGCCAAAACGACCCACCCUCUGUUUACGACAAUAGCACCCAGUUUAGCAACUCACCGGAUAUGGAUCUAAAAGACCUUGGCAUGCCUCCAUCAGGCGGAUCAAGUACAGAUUUGGCCAAUGAGGCUAGCAAGUACAAGACAAUCAAGGAACAGGAUAAAUGCAUUAAGGACUCAUACCUGGUCAAACCCCAGCACUGGAAAAUGGGACCAAGCCCUGGUACUAGGUCACAAGUGGUGACUGAAGUUGAGGAGAAGCAUUUGUCGGAAUCAUCGGUUCAGAGAUUGCUUCCUCGGCCAGCCUCAUCAUCUGAAGGCUCCGAGGAAAAUGUGUCCGCAUCAUCCAAAAGUGUGCUUGAAAUUGUGCCCCCUCCAGUCCUGACUGGAAAAUUUUCUAGUAGAUCACCCCAUAUCCAAGCACAGAAAGGCAACACGCAGCAAUCCAAACCUCAUUCCCUGGCCGAAGAGCAGAAAGGAAAGCAGAACCAACAGCAGCAGCCUCAUCCCGCUCCGCUAACUUCGUUCAUGAGACUCCCCGCUUCGAAAGCCAAGAAGCCACGCGCAAUCAACGAAAAAGAGCUCCGUCAGGGACUGGGCACUUCCACGGAGAAUAUUGAAUUACUUGAGCUACUGGAAUCAAUAUCAAACAGACCGCCCGUGCCGAUUAACAUAUCCCAUGUGUCACAGACUUCCCACAUCGAACCGUACUUAUCGAGGAACGCCGAGCAACAGCCCCUCCUGUCCCAUACCGUGCAAAACCCGGAAACGGUAUCAGCAAGACAAGGCCCUCAACUACACCCGGUAUCAUCUGGGUCUAGAGCGCGUAAGACGGCUCCAAUCGCUGCCAAAAAUAGCAGGAAACGAUUCAUUCGAUCAAUCCACUCCUCCCCUACGUUGCUACUAAGAACAUCUCCGAAGAUUAAGCUUCUACUUCCGAGAACUCCUGGCCUAUCGAUGGCGGACACAGUUUCGCGGUUGCUCAUGACCAAAUCAAACUACGAUAAUAUCUUGGAAAUGAAUGCAGUGCCUGGAAUUUCAUAUCCAGCAGAGGCGUCAGCGAAUCUCACCGCAAAACGAAUAUCUCACAAGGUUGCCGAGCAAGGACGAAGAGACCGUAUCAAUUCUGCUCUGCAAAUUAUGGCGAGCUUUUUGUUGGAUGAACAAAAGUUGGACGAGGGUGAUGAUGUGGAGCACAAGGAUGGCAAGGCACACUCGAACAUUCUGAACAGCAAAGCAAGUGUGGUGGAAAAUGCCAUUUCGUAUAUGAUAAAACUUCGAAAUGAAAAUGACGACCUGAGACAAGAGCUGCGAAACUUAAAGACCAAGCUGAAAGAAGCUAAAGAAGCCCGUGGCAUAGCCAACGCGGCAGCGGUGAUGCAAAUAUAG